AUGGGCUGCACGCUGGGCUCUGCUUACGGGGGUUACCUCCUUCUUUCAGGGGGUCUGCUGGCACCAGCCAUGGAGCCGUACGUUCUGCUGGACCCGCGACAGAGAGCGCUGUAUCGCGACGUGAUGCAGGAGAGCUACGAGACGCUGAUGGCGCUGGAAUUCCCCGUUUCCAAGCCCGAUCUGUUGUCCCGCCUGGACCACGGGGAUGAACCUACAGCCCUGGAUCUUCACGUGCCCAGGGACACCCCGGCCGCAGAGGAUGGAGCAGGAGCGGAGCAGGAACCCCCUCGAGAAGAAGCUGCUGAGAAAGAGCCCGACGUGGUGAAACCUGCAGGCGAGGAGCAUCCUUCGAGCCCUGCCGAGGCCGGAGCGACGGCAGGCAGGAGCGGGGGGGGACCGGGGGAGACGGCCACACGCCCGGGCGAGAGCCAACCCAGCAACACGUGCGGCGAGUGCGGGAAGAGCUUCAGCCACAAGUCAGCCCUGGUGAAGCACCAGAAGAUCCACACCGGCGACCGCCCCCACGAAUGCCCCGACUGCGGCAAGUGCUUCAUCCAACGCUCGGACCUCACCAUCCACCAGCGGGUCCAUACGGGCGAGCGGCCCUAUGCCUGCCCCGAAUGCGGACGCCGCUUCAGCGUCAGCUCCUCCUUGCUCACCCACCAGCGUACCCACGCGCCCGGCGGAGAGAAACCCAACCGCUGCCCCCAGUGCGGCCGCAGCUUCGCCGAUCCGGGGGCCCUUGACCGGCACCAGAAGAGCCACCUGGGUGGGAAACCCUACGAGUGUGGGGUGUGCGGGAAAGCCUUUGCCUGGAGCUCCCACCUCGAGCGGCAUCGGCGCAUCCACACCGGCGAGAAGCCCUUCCAGUGCGCCGAAUGCGGGCGAGCCUUCGCCUGGAGCUCCCACCUCGACCGUCACAUGCGCACCCAUGCUGCCCCGCGGCCCUACCGCUGCGAGCAGUGUGGCAAAUGCUUCGGCCAGAGCUCCAACCUCCUCAAGCACCAACGCGUCCACACCGGCGAGCGGCCGUACCCCUGCCCGGAUUGCAAACGCUGCUUCCGCUGGGGCUCAGCCCUGGCCAAGCACCAGCGCACCCACGCCCGGCAGCAGCAAGCCAGCGGCAAACCCUACCCGUGCGGGGCGUGUGGGAAGAGUUUUGGCUGGGUCUCGCACCUGGAACGCCAUCGCCGCAUCCACACCGGGGAGAAGCCCUUCCGCUGCGGGGAGUGUGGGCGGGCGUUCGCCGUCAGCUCCCACCUGGAACGGCACCGCCGGGUACACACCGGCGAGCGGCCCUACCGCUGCAGCGAGUGCGGGAAGAGCUUUGCCGUCAGCUCCACCUUGCUGGCUCAUCGCCGCACCCAUGCCGCCCAGCCGGGCCGGCCCCACGCCUGCCCCGAGUGUGGCAAGGGUUUUAGCACGCCGGCGAGCUUGGAGCGGCACCGGCGGCUUCACCGGGGCGAGAAACCCUACCAGUGCGGCGUCUGCGGCAAAGGCUUUGCCUGGAGCUCCCACUACGACCGACACCGGCUCACCCACACCGGCGAGAAACCCUUCUCCUGCGCCCACUGUGGCAAAUGCUUCGGUCGCAGCUCCCACCGCAACCGGCACCAGCGUGCCCACACGCAGGGCGGCCCGGAGAAGCGGCACGUCUGUCCCGAAUGCGGCAAAGCCUUCGGCCUCGGCACGGCCUUGGCAGCUCACCAGCGACUGCAUGGUGGGGAGAAGGGGGAAUUUCCACUUACCAAGUUACCCUUCCUUGUUGCUGGAGGAGGAGAUCACGAAAGCCAAGGAAAACACAACUCUGCGAACAAGAAGAUAAAGAAGUGCAGCAGGGGAAUGAGAGAGGAGCCUGGAUUUUUGCCUCCGAGAAAGCCCAGGAGAUUUGAAACCACGCGGAUGCUUUUCUCUACGUGUCCAGUGACCUUCAAGGAGGUGGCUCGAUACUUCACCGAUCCCGGCCAGCGGGCCCAGUACUGGGAAGCCAUGCAGGAGAGUGCUGGAAAUGACUCCUCUGUGGAGGAUGGGACGGUGAGUGGGAUGAGGGACAGCACCACACAAGCAGACCCAGACAUCAAGACCUGCCUGGAGGACGUCUCCCAGCACCAUGAGCCAACCAAUGUCCACCAGAGCUCCCAAGAGAAAGGCCAAGAGGAGGUCCAGGUUCAUCCUGGGAGGGAAACUCCAGGGACAUGCAGGGAAUUGCUGUUCCCCCAUAGCCUUCACCCCAGGGAUGGACCCAUCCCUCAUCCCACCAGCAAGAAGAGCUUCCAUCCCCGGAGACAGGGGUCCCAGCACCCCUGCCCUGACUGUGGGAAAAGCUUUGGGGUCUUCUCCAACUUGCUCCGUCACCAGCGGAGCCAUGGUGGGGACAAGCCCUACAAAUGCCCCGACUGCGGGAAGGGUUUCAGGCACAGCUCGGCGCUGGUGACGCACCGUCGCAUCCAUACGGGUGAGAAGCCCUACCAGUGCGCCGAUUGCGGCAAGAGCUUCAACGUGGUGUCCAACCUGGCGCGCCACCGACGGAGCCACACCGGAGAGAAGCCCUACAAGUGCCCCGACUGCGGCCGGCGUUGCAGUCAACGUUCCCACCUGGUGACCCACCGCCGGCUGCACACAGGCGAGCGCCCGUACCCGUGCCGAGAGUGCGGGAAGAGCUUCAACGUCAGCUCCGACCUCAUCAAACAUCGCCGCACCCACACCGGGGAGAAGCCCUACGAGUGUCCCGACUGCGGGAAGCGUUUCAGCGGCAGCUCCAACCUCAUCACCCACCAGCGGCUGCACAGCGGCGAGCGGCCCUACACCUGCGCCGACUGCGGCAAGGGCUUCACCAUCAGCUCCAAGCUCAUCGCCCACCAACGGACGCACAGCGGCGAGCGACCCUACACCUGCGCCGACUGCGGCAAGGCCUUCAGCGACCGACCCCACCUCAUCCGGCACCGCAGUGCCGGCCGGCGGGAGAAGCGCUACAAGUGCUCCGAGUGCGGCAAGGGCUUCACCACCAGCUCCUACCUCCUCACCCACCAGCGCAGCCACACCGGAGAGACCCCAUUCCUCUGCGGUGUGUGCGGCAAGAGCUUCGCGGUGGUCUCCAACCUGGCGCGGCAUCGGCGCGUGCACACCGGGGAGAAGCCGUUUCGGUGCGGGGAGUGCGGGCGGCAGUACAGCCAACGGGCUCAUCUCACCACCCACCAGCGGGUCCACACUGGCGAGCGACCCUAUGUCUGCGGGGAUUGCGGGAAGGGCUUCAAUGUCAACUCAUCCCUCACCAAGCACCGGCGGGUGCACACCGGGGAGAAGCCCUACCGCUGCCCCGAGUGCGGGAAGAGCUUCAGCCAGAGCUCCAACGUCAUCACACACCGGCGGCUCCACCACGGCCACGGGGUGCACCAGCCGGAGCUGGUUUCCAUCGCCCUGCCUGAGCCGGAGACCUUCUCCACUUAA